GCUCUGGAUUGUUGCGCUGUUGGCCACCCGGAACUCCCUUUGGUUUGCCUGAGACUUCAGGAGAGCGGAGCGCAGGUGGAGGAUCGCGGCCAGGAUGGCUCUGCGCUCUGCGCCCUUCCUGCUCCUGGUGUUGGUGGCGGUCGCCCUACGAGAGAGCUGCUUCGGCGCCUCUUCCCACUCCCUGAAGUACUUUUUCUUCUCCAUUGCGGACCCCAAUCAGGGGCAGCCCCACUUUGUCUCUGUGGGGUACAUGGAUGAUCAAAUCUUAGAUCACUAUGACAGCCACACCCGGAAAGUGCAGCCUCGAGUCUCCUGGAUGGAGAAGGUGGGGAAGGAGGAUCCCCAGUAUUGGGAGAGAGAGACCCACAUAGCACAUGACCGUGAGGAGCUGUUCAAAGAAAACUUGGAGACUCUGAGGAGUCGCUACAAUCAGAGCAAAGGCCUUCACACAUGGCAGCAUAUGUAUGGCUGUGAACUCCAGGGAAACAGGAGCAAAGGAGGGUUUUUGCAAUAUGGCUACGAAGGGAAGACCUACAUCACCUUCGACAAGGAGACCCUCACCUGGGUGGCUCCUGAACCCCAAGCCCAGAUCACCCAGAGGAUAUGGGAUGCUCUUCCAGCACAAAAUCAGUACAUUAAGUCCUACCUGGAGAAGGGAUGCAUUGACUGGAUAAAGAAGUACCUGCCCUACAGGAAGGAGAUGCUGCUGAGGACAGAUCCCCCAGUGGUGACGGUGAGCAGCAAGAAGGAAGAGGAGGAUGGGAUGGAGACGCACAUCUGCCGCAUAGAUGGCUUCUACCCCAGGGAGAUCGAUGCCUCCUGGACGAGGGACGGGGAGGUCUGGCUCCAGGACACCCACCAUGGGCCUGUGGCCCCCAAUGCGGAUGGGACCUACCACUACUGGCUCAGCGUCCGGAUCGAUCCCAAAGAGAGGGAACGCUAUCGGUGCCACGUGGAGCACGAUCGGCUGCAGGAACCUCUGGACGUGGCCAUAAAAGUUCCAGAAUCCAACCAGAUGGGGCUCAUCAUCGGCUGCGUUGUGGGUGGUCUUGUCCUGGUUUGUGUGAUUGUUGGGAUCUUGGUAUUUUUCAAAAGACGUCAAGAUGAUUACAAUGCAGUACCAAGGAGGAACGUGGCCAUUUAGCAGCCCCCUUGCAGCACGAGUGGACAGUCCCAGCAUGAGGAGAGAGGAGAGAAGAGGGGAUCAGCCUUCUUCUGAAUGAGGCCGGACUCUCAGGAGGAGACCUUCAGGCCCAUCCUGCAUGCUUGGAACCAGGAUGGAUUUAGGGUCUUUCACCAUCGCUUUUAUCAUUGGAUCAGUAGCCUUUUGUAUUAGGAUUGUGGGAUGGAGGAGAAAAGAAAACAUCUUACGUGUUUAUAAUUGUGGAAUCAAAAGGAUUCAAACUGUGAUUAGUAGAUUUUUAAUUUUUAAUUUAUUUGUGGUUCUGCUAAAGGCAUCAAAGAUAUCUAACACACCUUCUCCUCCUAUUUUCUUCACAACAACCACCCUGUGAAGUGGGUUGGGGUCAGAAAGAAUGACUGGCCCACCCAAGUUGUCUUUCGUGGCUAAAGCGGGAGUUGAACUCGCAGUCACUUUCUAGCCUGGUGCCUUAACCACUACAUCAAACUGCCUUGUAUAGCUUGUAAAUAGCUUUGUAAUAUAGCUUGUAGCAACUAUGUUGUUAUUUCUGGUGACCUUUAAUGGGCUUCUGUUGAUUAACAGGUUUUAGAGGAAGGCCCAUAUCGAAUGGGGUGAGGAAUAGAAUGAAGAGUUUUACUUUAAGGGAAGAGUUUAAGGGAAAAAGUUACUUUGCUUUAAAGUAACAUUACUUUACUUUAAUGUUAGUCUCCAUCAUAAUUACUUGGAUUGAAAGUGGAGGUUUUUUUCUCUCUCUUAUUUUGUUAGUGUAAAUUGUAUAAUGAUUAGUAUGUACCAUGUACUGCGAUUUAUGGAUUUUUACAGUUUAUAAAAAUGAAACCGGAACCUUCCCACAUCAUGAUGUGCUGAACAGACAUAAUUUUUUUCUGCUGCCAACAAACAGAUGAUUUUGCACCAAAGCUGGUUAUUUGGUGGCUUUGCUCCCUGUUUUUUAAAGGGGAGACUAGGAACCACCCAAGAUGACCUUUGGACAAUCAUGCACAGACAGAGAAGAGAGGGGGCUGGAUGCCUGCAAUUCUUGGUAAGGAGUGAUCAGAAGGUCUAAUUUCUUGCCAUCCUUUCCCUUCAGCUGCUCAGCUUUCUUAAGCACACCUGGGUUUUAAUUUCACAUUCUAAAGCUUUACAAUCUCUUGAUUCAUGACUAGUUCUUUUCUGACCUAUUUUAUAACCUGGACUUUUACAACUUUUUUUCCUCCUCUUUCAUUGUGUACCAUUAAAUUCAAAUUAUUAUUUUUUAUCAACGUAAGAAAGUUGCAAUGCUUUAUGCUACAUUUAUACACUAUUAUACUAUAAUUCUUGCUCUUUCUAGCUAUUUCUUUUUAAGAGCCUUGAUAUUAUAUCUCUUAAUUUUUUAUGGGAAAAUUCCCCUUUUUUUAACCCUGGGGGGAAAAUCCUUUUCCCUGUGGAAGCUGUUCUUAUCUGCUUCUUUUGUCUUUGAAAACAAAAAGUGUUUUUCAUGUCUUCCAAAGGUGAUAAAGUAUUUUGGGAGAUAACUGAAGAAAGAAUGCUCUCCAACUUACAGGUUUUAUUUGAAAAUAUAAACAAAAAAUUCCAUGGGUCAAGAAUGUUCUGGAAAACCAAGACAAUAUGCAAAAGCAGGAAAUAUCAGCUGGACCUGAUUUGCAAUUUGAAGAGUUGGGUUUUAAUUGGUCACGUCACACCCAAAGAAGUAUUUGGUUUGCCAAAAAAAGAUAAAAAAGAAUAUGAAUAGAAGAAACUCUUGACAAAUAGAUAUGACAAAGGAUGGACUAGAUUUUCUUGGCAAGAGAAAUGCUGUUGUUAAGGAGAAUUAUUCAGUAGGCAGAGAUAGUUACAACAGAGACUUACCAACUUUGGAAAUGAGAUGCAAUUGUUGGUAAAGUUCCUAAUAAAAAAAUUAAGGAAACCUUUCACAUUCAAGAACCAAACAGAAGUAUUUAACACUGGACUCAGAGAUAAUGAUUGAAGCGGUUUGUGAUAAAUAAGAAAUUGUGUAGACUUUCUAUGAAAAAAUUAUAAUAACAGA